CUUUUUUACCAAACAAAGAUGGCGGCCUCCAUCGAGAAACGUGGACCAGAGGAAAACAAUUUCAAAAUGCCUCCAAAUGUCAGUUUGGAAACAGAUCAGCAAAUAGAAUUUGAAAAGAAAGUAAAGAACAUCAAAGCAAAGAAAAACAGUGAUGCACCAAAAGGUGUCGUCUACCUGGGACACAUCCCAGUGGGAUUCCAUGAGCCUCAGAUGAGGGGGUUCUUCAGCCAGUUUGGUACAGUGACACGCCUCAAACUCUGCAGAAGCUUAAAGACAGGACGCAGUAAAGGGUUUGCCUUCAUAGAGUUUCUAUAUGAAGAUGUAGCGAAAGUUGUUGCGGAAACAAUGAAUAAUUACCUGUUGUUUGAAAGGCUUUUGAAAUGCGAGUUUGUGCCAAGUGAAAAAGUAAACGAGGGCACCUUCAGAGUGGUGAAUAGAAGAAUUGUGCCUUUCAAAACAAGGGAAAAGAACACCUUCGUCCAUAAUAAAACAAAAAAAGAUAAAAUUCAACUGCGCAAUAUGAAGAAUUUCAUAUCCAAAAAUGAGAAAAAGAUGGAAAAGCUCAAAGCUUUGGGAGUGGAGUUCAGCUAUGCUGGCAUGGACGAGCUUAAGGAGGAAACUGCCAAACUUGGAGAAAAGGUGAAAAUCAAUAGAGAGAUAGUGGAAGACAAACAGGCGAUAGCAGAAGAAUUCAAACGUAGGAAGCAAGAAGCGAAAGCAAAAAGAUUUUCAAAGGUGAAAGCCAGACGUGAGGCAUGGCUUGCAGAGAAAAAGGAAGACCAAAAACUUGUAUCGGAAGAAUUCAGACAGAGGAACCAAGAUGCAUCCCCUAAAAAGGCUGUCAAAACAACCACUAAAAAGGCUGUCAAAAAACAACCGAAAAUGGAUGGGAAAUCGGAGCAAAAAGAAACUGUGAAAUCAAAUGCAGAGAUGGCUCUAAAAUCAGAAUCCAAGAAGGCAGUGAAAUCAGAUUCUAAUACAGCUGUGAAAUUAACCGCUAAAAAUGCUCCGAAACCACCAUCAAUAAAAUCUGUAAAAUCGGAGCCGAAAAAGGCUAUGAAAGUGGGGCCUAAAAAGGCAGAUAAGUCAUUGCUUGUGGAUGAUUCUGAGGAGGAGGAAAUCAGUUUUAAGACUCCCCCAAAUACUAGGAGGACUUCAAAACGAAAGUUAGCCAAGUCGCUUCCGGCAAAAUCAACAUUGGCAAGAAAAGACACAGAGGUAUCUACUUCAGUGACCACACCAAAAAGGCAGAAGCGUACUGUGACGUCGCAAGCUAAAUCUGUCACACGGCCUGCCUCUGCAACAAAAACACGUAAAUCGCUGCGCUAGUUUUUGUGACGAUACACUGAUACGGGGCCCUACCAUUAAAUGUUUGUCUUCAAACAAAA